CCCUUUUUUUCCUCAUCACGGUGAUUCCAGGGAAGGGGAUCGGAGAAGAGUAGUACCCAUCAGAAAAGGAAAAGGAAGUUGCUGGCGGCUUGCAACGCGCGUCUAGUGACACGAUCAGCACGGGUGCUAUACUAUACACUGGCGGCCACCCUCCCUUCUCCACGCCGCCACACAGAGCGCCGCCGCCGCCGGGAUCUCCGGUCUCCUGCCUCCUCCGUCCCUACCAGUCUCAGAUCCAAGCUCCUCUCCACAUAAGCUCUUCAUCCAUCCUAAUCGCGGCUCCCCAUGCUGCCCGUGCAGGGAGAUCAGGAAGCACAUCUGCAGGAUUCAUGUGAGACGAGGAGAUCUUCACGGGCGGGCUCGCCGCGGCCGCCGGCAGUCUCCACCACCACGCGUCGUCCGACCACAUCUGCUUACGCCGCCGGAGCAUUGUCUUGCGCCACCAACGCCCGCAAGGAGCUGUCUCUGAUUUCGUCGAUUCGUCCACUGCCAGCGCCUUCAUCCCCUGCCUCUCUGGAUUGAGUUCCUCUUGGUCUGGAAUUUGUCGCCAUCGGUCCUCUGCUGCCACUUGAAGCUGCCCAACUUGCUUGUUCUCCUCCUCUGGUCAGCAUCGUCCCUGCAGCCACCUCGCCUUGCAUUGCGCUUGCGCCAGCACCUUUCUUCCACCUGCAGUCCGGCAUGCUGGCUGGCAGCUGAAGUGAGGUGUGUUCAUGUUGCCUUCUCCAUCGUUGGGCGCCGCUACUGGUGACGCUAAGGUUGCGGAUUCCUCCAUGGAGACGCCAUGGGUGGACUCCAAGGAUCGCUCCUGCCAUAACCCUUCGGCGCAGCAAGCUGAGAAGUCAUCAUUGUCAGAAAGAUCAAGGUCAGAGCGCAGCAUGGCCUUCAAAAGUUGGGCUCGAUGUAGGUGUUACCGCUGCCUUGCACUCGAUCACCAAGUCAGUUCCUGUCGAGACUCCUUCCGCUGCAUUCGUUGUCGUCGUCCUGGGCAUCGAGAGCGACAUUGUCACUUUCGAUCCCCGUCUCCAGCACCACGAACCCGCUCAUCAUUCGCCCAACCUCAACGUACUCAGCAAACAAGGAGUUGGGCUGAUGUUGUGGCCGCGUCUCCACAGCGUGCACCUCACAUUCAGCUGGCAGCUUCGCCUCGCCCCAUCAUUCAGCGUGAUGCAGGAAGACCUAUGUCUAUGUGUGGAUGUAAGUGCCAUGCCUCUCUUGGGUUGGUUGCCACGGACCUUCAGUCUAUGCUUACCCCGUUGAUGGAUUCAUUGCGUUCGGAGCUCCAACAAAUGAUACUGACAACAUUGGACGAAGUGGUGCGUCCACUCAAGGAGGAGGCCAGCGUCAUCAAGUUGUGGUUGGCGCGUGUGGCCAACCACUUAGAGCACAUCGAGAUACCUAGCAAGGAAUCCACUGCUGGUGAUGUGGUCGGCCUCUUUGGCCCCUGUUCUCCGGUUCAGCGCUCACCGAACCCGUCAAUUCUUGCUUCUCUUGCAGCAGCUUGUACGCCUUCUAGUCCUUUGGUUUGUGAGAGUGCGUGUGUGGAUGCAGCAGACUCUAUUGCAGUUGCAGAGGAGAUAACCACAAAGAAUUUUCCUGUGGAGAUUCACCCAAAGACAUUGAUGGAAGAGACAUUAUCCCCAGCUGCCUCCGUUGCUGGCAUCUCAACCCCUACCGCAGAUGAUACAUCACCCUCGCACACUAUGGAGGUGCCCAUAAAGAUCUUAACUGAUGCUACACACUUGGACCCACCCAUGGAGCAUAUGAUGCUGCAAGUUGACACUCCCGUCGAGGAUGUUGUUCUAGUGGAAGAUGCAUCCAGUGAUGAUGAUGAUGAUGAUGCUGACUCAUACGUGAGUGUGGUAAUUGAAGACCCCCUGCUUUCCGUUGCCGUUACAGAUGGCUCCACCCUGUCUACGAUUGAGAUCAAGGAGGAAGAGCCACAACCGCCAGAUACUUCGUGGUUGGAGGCAACCUCUCCUGUAGCCACCAAUGACUUGAAGGCUGACGAUGUUAGACGUCCUUCUGUACAUCACUCACCAUCAAUGAUAACGACAGCAAGAUGCGUGCGCAAGUCUUUUGACAGAUCACCCGUCUUGCCCAACCUAAGGUGCUCAAAGACUUAGGCUUAAUUAGAGAGGACGGGAAGCUUGAUGAGAACGCAAUUCAAGACUGUGCUGACUGUUUAAAGGAAUUGGUGCCGCCGGACCUACUCCAGUCAAUAAUGUGUUUGAAAGGCCGUGACUUCUGGGAUGUUGUGGCAGAGGCAUCUUUGGCUCUUCGUUAAGCUUUUUCUGUUGUGUUUUCUGGUGUUGCUUCAUGUUGGUGGCUUUCGAGGUUUGUGUUGGUAGUUUAGCCUUAGUAGUUGCCUUGGUAUCUCUUCUGUUGCCUUUGUGUUGGUGCAGCUUGCGUCGAGGACCCAAUCCGACCGAGCAUGAUGCAGAGGCUCUGAUCGACGACCCAAUUCGACCGGGGGUCAAUGUCUCAUUCCGAUCAAAGCAGCGGGGUGUGGAGUCGAGUUGAGUUGUGUAACCGUGUUGAUGUCCCAAGCCAACCGGUUGUUGUUUGAGUCGAGUUAGAGAGGAGUUGUAUGGUCGUUUGGCCGGUGGUGGUGUCUUGUUGGUUGUUGUGGUGCC